AUGACCACAGCUCAAGACAUCUCCCUCAUAGAGCUGAUCCGUCAGGCGGCUCUGUCUGCGCAGAGAAAGAGAAGUGAAAGGGGCAUUAGGGAAGCUAGAUAUGGCGUUAACGAGGAACUCUGUGGUCAUCAGGUUUCCCCUGUGGUUUACUGUAAUAGCGACCACGGCCCCGAUGUACCACUCGACUUUCCCAUCUCCCAGAACACGAAAAGGAAUAAUGAAAACUCGCAACAUCUUCGCAUACAGGAACAAUGCGGGUCUAAUCAAUCCGGGUCGGAGGUGGAAAUAGACUUCAGGCGCUGCACGCAUGAAGACGAACCAUGCGAACCCACACAAAGCUAUACGCAUAUCCACACCGGAGAUCGAAUAUUAACACUUAGGAUACCAUAUUUAGGCCCAGUAGGCUGGACUGUGCCUGCCCGCGACGGUCCACAGGCGACCAGACCAUUCCUCAUUUACCAGGAUCCCACAGCUGGCUACCAAUCUCCGCUCCUGCCAGCAGAAGCAAGAAAACCGGCUGAUGAACACGUCCAUCUACUGGCCAGCGAUGACAAGGAGAACGUAGCCGUGGAUAUGGACGAGAAUGAGGAAGUGGAGGAUAUACCCGAGCAAGAUGUUUACGUGCAGGAUAAUAUGGUUGCAGAGGCGGAGAAUAUUGUCGAGCUUGCCGCGAUGAAUGACGGGUGGAAUAUAUGGACGUUGAGGAACAGGCCACAUGAGGGAGAGUAUGGGUAUGAGUACGGGAUUGCGGAGAAUGACCACAGGCAUGGCUUAGAUUUUCAGGCCGGAGAGGGACAUAGGUUGCAGCACAACCAACAACAGGAGCAUCAACCGGAGAUGGAGAUCAAUGUCGAUGUUGGCGGGUCAUUGGAGGCGAGUCCGGUUCGGUCUCAGCGGGCGCAUUCGAAUUCCAUUGUUAUUGUUAGUCCCCCGCGAAGAGCUGGCCGUUUGGAUGAAGGAGAUGUUGCGAACGACAGUUUUGUGACAUGGGAUGGAUCUCCCAGGGCAGCGUCCUUGUUUUUCUGA